UAUUCGGACGAUUUUUAUUUUUUGUUUGAAAGGUUUGGGGGUCAGCAAUUUUUCUUUUAGAUAUUUUGAGCAUUUAUAUGUCAUUCAUCUAUUUAGUCCAUUCUUAUCAAUAAUGUUAUCUUCAGUUAUUUUACACGAGUCAUUACUUCCAACAUAUAUUUUUAUUAUUUUCCCUUUCAUUAUUUUUAAUUAAAAACAACCAAAAUUUAAAUGAAAUUUUUAUUAAUUUAUUUUUUAAUUAUAUUAUUCCAAUUAACAAUAACAAAAUUUGGAGAAUCUAGGCAGCCCAAAUUAUUUAAAAUAAAUUUGGAUAAACCUCCUAGGGAAAGAUGGAAAUCUGUCAUAGAAAAGUAUAAAGACAAUGUAAUACCUGAAAUUGCUGCAAUGGCUAGAUCUUAUAUUCCAAUAAAUUUACGAUCUCCAAUAUUUGGGUUUUUUGCUAAAAUAGUACAUUUGUUGCCGCAUGACUAUGGGGAAGAAAUAAUUGGUAUUAUUUUUAAAAAGAGUUUCUUAUAA